AUGGAUUCUACCUGGAUCACAGACAUACCUCGCCCUUGCUUCGAGUUAGCAAAUGCAGAGAUGAUCGGACCAUCCAUCACGAAUGUGGAGCAUUUGUCUUCUUAUAAUUGGAUUGAAUCUUCCAGCCCCACUAUCGCUGUCCCCGGCUGCCCGCCUCUUUGGUCUCCACCCAAAGCCGCCAAAAAAGUGACCAAAGACUCUGGGCUGAUUUACAUUGCUCAAAACGCGUUUCGCCUUCCUGAAAGUCCACUCGAGCCACUUUUCCGCUCCUUGUACACCGAACGCCCUUCGUACGAUAUACACGAAGUUGACGUGAUAACUGAUCGAAACAACGUUCGCAAACUUCUGUCAUAUAUCAAUCCAAAUCUCUCCAGGAACGGGCCGGAGCCGUUUACCAUUGAAAUUGAGGUCAAGGACAAUACAGCGAUUUUUUGUAGGGCAGAAACCGAAACACAUACAUUCAUCGGGCCACUGGAUUUCAGAGGUUACGGCCACCAGUUUGAAAAAGCUUUCACCACAGCCCAAGUGUCCGGUAGCACAGGACACCAUCGGAUUAUCUCCUAUAACUUGGGUGAUUUGAAAUUAAUGCUACGUUACGAGACAGACGCAUAUGUCGAAGUAGCUUCAAAACUUCAACCUCGUAGUUCGGGAAAUGAGGAUAUUCUGAACAUGAUGGAAAACCUGUCUCUUUCGCGAUCCGAAAAUUACUCUCGGCGUGCUACCGAGUCCAAAUUGGCGAUCCAAGAAAAAGGAAAACGGAUACCAAUCGAUUUAACUCUUGAGAUCAAAACACGUGUGUUCCAUAAGCCAAUCGACAUCCAAGAAGUCCUUCCACAGCUAUGGGUAUCGCAAACACCAAAUCUUGUUCGUGCCUACCACAAAAGUGGCACAUUUGAACCGCCGGAAGUCGAAGACGUCACCUGUGAUAUUCAUAGAUGGGAGCAAGACCAUGCUCAUGAUAUUUGGAGCUUGGUGGUAUUGAUCAAGGAGAUUAUUAGAGUGGUGAGAGAGAAUGAUGGGAAUGCCAUCAUAAAAUAUGACGGCCGAAGUGAUAGCCUUGCGGUUUCGAAGAGAGAAGGUAGCAGAAUGUUACCGGUUGAUCUUUAUUCGAAAUUCGGUGAUAAAAAGGGAUCGACUCAAGCGAAUGAAUCGAUUUCUCGCAGAACAACACUGAAAAUUGGGGAUACGUUCCACAAUGUUGACCUCUUGACGAUACCAUAUUUAUCAUCCUUUGUCCGAUUUCAACGUCUUGCCCAGCCGCAAAAUACAGAUUUCAUUCAUCGCGAUAUUCCUUUGUUUGAUAUUGCACUCAAGGGCUUGGAAUCAGGCUAUCGGCAAUGUUUCCGCUGUUUGCGAGGGAAUAUUCCCAGAUAUCACACUCUCUGUGAGACAUAUCAUUUCCUUGGGAUUGACGUACCAGCCGGGAAGACAAUCGAAAAUAUCUUUGUUGAUUUGAGAGCCUGCAAAACUGUUUACGAGCUCGGGUAUAAGAGUUAUCGAGGUGUAAGGGGCGAUAAAUCUCGAGCACGGGACGCGGCAUUUCGGCUUUUAUUCCUGAUAAUACGAGGCGAAUUCGGCGAUGAAAGAAAUGAACAUGCCAAGGUUUAUAACGCGGUGCUCUUCAUUGUCUCACACCCCGGCACCUUCAAGAAGAGCACGAGAAUUGCAGUGCGGUCUGUUUUUGAGGAGCGGUUUGUCAUUUCCAUGAAGCAACGAAGUCAAUUGGAUCGCUGGCGAAAGAGGGAUACUACUAACUCGUCAGGUGACGAGGACAACCGUGGAUGA